AUGAAGUUCCUCUGGACCUUUUUGUGCCUAUCGAUGACCAUAGGGAUGGCCUUGUCCACCCCCGUUCCGGCUAACGGUUUCGUAUUCCCGGACGAUGUCCGACAACAAAGAAAAUUGGAGCCCAUUACUCCACCUGUUCUACCCGUUCUGGAGCACCUGGAGCGGGAUCCUAGUACACUACUCCCGGGCGAGGGUGGUAGCAAACAAGUGAAACCUCGCUUUGGUUUCGGAGGGGGAUUCAACGUAGCUCCAACAGGAACAGGAGGUUUGACCGCCAGUAUCAGUAGCAGCGCUAGUGGAGCAGGCAUCAGUCAUGCCGCUUCACAAUCGUUCUCAUUUGGCUUUCAAGAGGGCUUCAGUGCAUCGCAUUCAGCAAGUCAAGCUUCAUCAUUCAACGGAAUUGGAAGUUUUGGCGGCAGUCAAGCAAGCAGUCAGGCUGCGUCGUUUAGCGGUGCUGGCACAUCGGUAGCCGCUGCUGCUUCGUCAGCAGCUGCUCAAGGUAGCAACUUUGGAAGUCAGAGCGCUUCCUCGGCGUUCGGUUUCAACUCCCUAAAUGGAGGAUUUCCGCGCCCGGAAGCGACAUUUGGAGAUGGACUUCUAGACAUAAGACACCGAGGUGUUCCGAACUUCCCGUUCCCUAAUCUGUUCGGCAGAAACAAAGGAUCCGGCGCUGCGGCUUUUAAAUCAUUAAAAGUACCAUCAAGCAGAAUUGGAGAUGAUUUUCUAGCUGUUUUAGUUUCAAGUUAA